AUGGGUCUUUUCGAGGAGAUCGCGGGGCCUGCCACCCAGCGCUUGUCCCAGUUUUCCACCGUGUCGCAAGUCGGGAUAAUCGCAGCGUCCCUCCUCUUUACCGCCGUCUUCAUCCACGUCGCAAAGCAGUUGUUCUUCAAGAGCUCCCAUGAGCCGCCCAUGGUCUUCUCGUGGUUCCCCAUCGUGGGAAGCACCAUCACCUACGGCAUGGAUCCCCCUCGCUUCUUCAAGGAGAACAGCGCCAAGUACGGCGAUAUCUUCACAUUCAUCCUGCUCGGCAAGAAGACCACUGUCUACAUUGGCACCCAGGGCAACGACUUCAUCCUGAACGGAAAGCUCAAGGAUGUUUCCGCCGAAGACAUCUACUCUGUUCUGACCACCCCCGUCUUCGGCAAGGAUGUCGUCUACGAUUGCCCCAACUCCAAGCUUAUGGAGCAGAAGAAGUUCAUGAAGGUUGCCCUCACGACGCAAGCGUUCCAGUCCUACGUCCCCAUCAUCGCCGAUGAGGUUUCCAGCUACUUCAAGAAGAACCCCGACUUCAAGGGCAAGUCGGGUGUUGUCAACAUCCCCCCCAAGAUGGCCCAGCUCACCAUUUUCACCGCAUCGCACUCGCUCCAGGGCAAGGAGAUCCGUGACAAGUUCGACGAGUCGCUGGCAGAUCUGUACCACGAUCUGGAUAUGGGUUUCAGCGCCAUCAACUUCAUGCUUCACUGGGCUCCCCUCCCUUGGAACAACAAGCGUGACCACGCUCAGAAGACCAUUGCUGGCAUUUACAUGGACACCAUCAAGGAGCGACGUGCUGCCGGCAGGACCGACGGUCAGGAUAUGAUGAGCCAUCUCAUGAACUCGACCUACAAGAACGGUACACCCGUCCCCGACCACGAGGUUGCCCACAUGAUGAUUGCCCUUCUUAUGGCUGGCCAGCACUCGUCGUCCUCAACCAGCUCCUGGAUCAUGCUCCGUCUCGCCUCCCGCCCCGAUAUCAUGGAGGACUUGUACCGCGAACAGGUUGAGAACCUGGGUGCCGAUCUCCCACCGCUCACCUACGAGGACCUCGCCAAGCUACCCCUGAACCAGAACAUCGUCAAGGAGACUCUUCGCCUGAACGCCCCUAUCCACUCUAUCAUGCGCGCUGUUAAGCAGCCCAUGCCUGUCCCAGGUACCAAGUAUGUCAUUCCUACCGACCACGUGCUCCUGUCUGCCGGUGGUGUUACCGCCACCGACCCGCAAUACUUCCCCGAUCCUGAUCUGUGGGAGCCUCACCGAUGGGACAAGGACCAUCCUCUUUCCCCGAGAAUCCCCUCCAAGGAGGAGGGCGAGGAUGAGGAGAAGAUUGAUUACGGCUAUGGUCUGGUCAGCAAGGGCUCUCAAUCGCCCUACCUGCCUUUCGGCGCCGGAAGACAUCGAUGCAUCGGCGAGCACUUCGCAAACGCUCAACUCCAGACCAUUACGGCCAUGGUUGUCCGUAUGUUCAAGAUGAGGAACACCGAUGGCAGCAACAACGUCAUCGGAACAGACUAUGCUUCAUUGUUCUCCAGACCCCUCGAGCCUGCUAGUGUUUACUGGGAGAAGCGAGACAAUGAAUAG